UUAGUUCUCACAUUAUGACCAAGUCAGUAAACUCAGUAUAUAAACACACCCAACACUGUGUGAGGUUCUUUCUGAAGAAGAGAUGAAGAUGCUGCACUGGUCUGUGAUUCUGCUCACGCUGUCCGGAGUUCUCGCUCCCAGUGAUUGGGGUGUGAAAUAUCCGGAUAAUCCGAUCUGUGCUGUGAGAGGAUUCAGUGUCUCCAUUCCCUGUAGUUAUUCUUAUCCAACAUCAAAUCACAAUAUUCAGGUGACACAAAAGCUUUGGUGCUCAUUGAACUCAAACAGAGAUAAGUGUCAAACCCCCCCGUAUGUUUAUAACAGCUCAUCAAUCACCACAUCAGACUUUGAGUACGCUGGAGACGACAAAUCAGACUGCACUUUGUUAAUCCACAAUGUACAGUUCAGUUAUUCUGGAGAGUACAGAUUCAGAUUUAUAACUGAUAAUCCCAGUGACAGAUGGACAGGUGUACCUGGAGCGACUCUACAAGUUGCAGAUUUAAAGGUGUCACUAAUCAGGCUCAGUGGAAUUGGAACCCUUAAACAAGGAGACUCGUUAAAUCUGACGUGUGAUGUGAACUGCACACAAAGUUCCUCACAGUUUGUGUGGUCUAAGAACAACGAGCGCUUACCUGAAUCAGGACCCGUUCUUCACUUUCCUGCUGUAACCGUGAGGGAUUCUGGGAGUUACACCUGCACUUGGAAAACCAACAUGACGUCAGGAUCUAAAACGAUCAGCCUUCACGUCGAGGGUGUUUGGGGUGUGAAUUAUACCACGCCGAUCUGUGCUGUGAGAGGAUUCAGUGUCUCCGUUCCCUGUAGUUAUUCUUAUCCACAGCACAAUUAUCAAGUGACACAAAAGCUGUGGUGCUCAAUGAACUCAAACACAGGAGGGUGUGAAAACCCCCCGUAUGUUUAUAACAGCUCAUCAAUCACCACAUCAGACUUUGAGUACGCUGGAGACAACAAAUCAAACUGCACUUUGUUAAUCCACAAUGUACAGUUCAAUUAUUCUGGAGAGUACAGAUUCAGAUUUAUUACUAAUGAGACCAAAGGCAGAUGGACAGGUGUACCUGGAGCGACUCUACAAGUUGCAGAUUUAAAGGUGUCACUAAUCAGGCUCAGUGGAAACGGAACCCUUAAACAAGGAGACUCGUUAAAUCUGACGUGUGAUGUGAACUGCACACAAAGUUCCUCACAGUUUGUGUGGUCUAAGAACAACGAGCGCUUAAAUACAUCAGGACCCGUUCUUCACUUUCCUGCUGUAACCGUGAGGGAUUCUGGGAAUUACACCUGCACUUGGAAAACCAACAUGACGUCAGGAUCUAAAACGAUCAGCCUUCACGUCGAGGGUGACAAUCCUGAAAAUCCUGACCAUUGGUCAGUCUGGAUGAUUGUUGUGGUGACAGGUGGACUGAUUAUCCUCAUCUUAGCUAUCGCAGUUGUGAUUUUCCACAGGAGGUUUCUGUGUGAGCGCAGGAGUGUCCACACUGAGCAGCAGAAGGAGGAUGAUUCUGAUAUCUAUGCUAAUGCCCAGCAGAAGGAGGAUGAUUCUGACAUCUAUGCUAAUGCCCAGCAGAAGGAGGACGAUUCUGACAUCUAUGCUAAUGUUUAGUAGCAGCGAGCUGAUCACAGGUUCACACCUCAUGCUUUAACGCUUCUGCUUGUGAAUAAAGUUUAUUUUUAUUUUUCAGCUCAUGAGGUGUGAAACAGCAUAUUCAUUUCCUGUUUUGCAUUUGAACUUAACUGCACGUUAUAAUACUAAACUGGACGUUGUACCAAGAAAGCCAAAAGUGAAGCCAGAAUGUCUCUGAUGCCCUCUAGUGGUUGGCUGCAGAACAGUUUUUAUCCCCGCCCAUUCCCAUGUUAGUGAAUGGAGACUGAGUCAAACUUCCAGUUUAAGUUACUUCUCCACAAAUUAUUUUCAGGAAUAGUAUUCUGUCAUUUUUACACGUUGACAUUAAUAUCUCCCCCAAUAUUUUUCUUAUGAUAAAUGUGUGGGUUGUUUUUAAAUUUGGUGAUAAAUAAAAAAUGGUGUGGUUGAUGAGGUGAUUGAAGGAGUCAGAUAUUACAGUCAAGCCUAAGGAACACACACACCUGAAGCUCUGGACAGUUCUGUAUUAAAGCCAUUUCCUGUUCCACUGUAAACUGUUCUAACAGAGCCUCCGCAGGGAAUUCUCUAGGCCUACAGAUUUUCUGAUCUGUGGCUCAUUUUGAUGUCUAAGCUGUAGCUCACUGUACUGAUGUUAUAGCUAGCAAACCGACAUGAGUGGAUGAAAUGAUGGCACAAUCCAAGUCACCUAACACUAGUUACAUUUCAUAUUAAUUUAUUAACUGUACGACCUUAGCGAACACUCAAAUAUCUUGGUAAUGUUAGCCAGUCUCUCCUUUUUAAAUGAACUGAUGCAGUGGAUGUGAGAGCACUUUUUCAGAUGGGGUAGAGCUUCACAUUUUACAUAUUAAUUAUUAAAGCUCUACUUCCCACAGCGCCAUUUUAAGUUGCUCUGUAGGUAAUCGUGGACAGGUUCCUGUCUGGGCAGGUGAGAGGAGGACACACUGUCUGUCCUGCUGUAUCUACUGUCCCAAGUCUCUACUGUGCAGACUCUGGCACUAAUUUUUUCAAGAUGGCGACUCCCAUUGCAACCCCAAAAAGGCUUCAAAAACACACAAUGGGAGUGAGUGGCGCCAUGUUGUCCACUCAUAAAUACAGUCAUUGAUCAAACCAACACAUAUUAGUUUCAGUGGGUUUCAUUAUGCUCGGAAUGUAAAGGAAUUAAUUUUACUGUAGGAUUUUAAAGUAA